CGGACGGAGCUCAGUCUACAGGCGUGCGUGCUGCAGAGAUGAAGCUCACAAACCACUCCACAGUUCCGGUUUAUACUAUCUCUGGCUCUUCUACCGCACGCCCCCUUCCAGAAUGGCUGGCUCGGAGGCGGAAGCGGAGCUUGAAAGCUGACCCCGAGUACGCAAACAGGGUGGAAUUGUUGCAAGACUUCGAGUUUGAGGAAGCCAGCCAGUGUAUCCGAGUUAGUGAGGAUGGACAGUGGGUAAUGAGUACAGGAACGUACAAACCCCAGAUCCAUACACACUACCUACCGCAUUUAUCCCUCUCGUGGGCGCGCCAUACUAUUUCUCUAAAUACAACCUUUCAAAUUCUUUCAUCGGACUACUCAAAAUCCUUACAUUUACAGGCGGACCGUUCGUUGGAAUUUCACACUCCCCAAGGCUGUCAUUAUACGACGCGCUUACCGCGAUAUGGCCGCGACCUAGUGUAUGAUAGGCAGUCGGCCGAGGCGCUGGUUCCUGCCGUAGGAGUCAAUCAAGAUGGUAUGGGUGAAGUGUUCCGAUUAAAUCUGGAACAGGGGAGGUAUAUGCGGAGCUACGAAGUAGACGUCGGUGGCGACGAUUUCACCUCGGCCGGAGGAGGGGCUUUGCAAGGUGGUAUAAAUACAGGAAGUGUGAAUACCGGAGCUGUAGCUGAAGAAAGUCAUAAUAUGUUGGCAUUUGGAACCUCUUUAGGAACCGUGGAACUAUGGGAUUCACGAGCAAAGGGGAGAGCUGCUGUACUUUUACCCCCCUCGGACUCUCAGCCUGGAGAAGGGAGAUCCGAAAUUACAGCUCUGCAGUUUCACAGAUCUGGUUUAACUCUUGCGACGGGUUCCUCUCAGGGACUUAUAUACUUAUACGAUUUACGUUCGCCAGUGCCUUUGCUUAAAAAAGAUCAAGGAUAUGGCUAUCCCAUCCACACACUUAAUUUCCUUACACCCUCGACGUCCACGCGAGAACAAACAACCGAUCCAAAAAUUCUCUCAUCCGAUAAGCGGAUUAUUAAGAUUUGGGAUGCAAGGGACGGCACGCCAUGGACAUCAGUCGAACCGGCGGUUGAUAUCAAUUGCGUUGCUUGGUGCAAAGACAGCGGGAUGAUAUUAACUGCUAACGAAGGAAGACAGCAACAUGCCUUCUUUAUUCCUCAGCUUGGUCCGGCCCCGAGAUGGUGUGCGUUCCUGGAUAACCUCGUUGAAGAGAUGGCAGAAGACCCGAAUGAUCCGCAUGCGUUUAACGCGGGUCAGGCGGGCUCUGUCUAUGACAACUACAAAUUCUUGACAGUACCACAGUUACGGUCUCUGAAUCUGGACCACCUUAUCGGAAGGACGUCGCUUCUCCGACCAUAUAUGCAUGGUUAUUUUGUGGCACAGCGGCUGUAUGAGGAGGCUCGCCUUAUUACUAAUCCAUUUGUUUGGGAAGAAGAGCGUGCAAAACGGAUCAAAGAGAAGAUUGAUAAAGAGCGUGAAAGCCGCAUCCGCGGAAAGAAGAAGGUUGCCGCAAAGGUCAACAAGAAGUUGGCUGAGAAGCUUCUCGAGAAAGAGGAGCGCCAUGAGAGACGUCAAGCUCAGAAAAUUCUGGCACAAGGUGGUGAUGAAAGCAGCGCCAAACCCGAGGCAGCCUCGACAGGAAAGGGUAUACUGCACGAUCCUCGUUUCGCCAAGCUAUUCGAAGACGAAGAAUUUGCUGUGGACGAAACGUCGAGGGAGUUCUUAGCUUUGAAUCCAAGCAGCGCAACUGCCCCAGCCGAAAAGCGUGAAAGAGGACUAACGGCUGUCGAGGAAGAAGCCAUUGACGAGGUCCCCGGCUCGAGCUCCGAUGAAUCGUCGAACGAGCAUGAAAGCCCUGCCAAGCCUAAAUCAUCUACAUCCAUAUCAACAGCUUCCUAUAAACGAACAAAGCGGCCUCCACCAAAGAUGGAAAUUUCGUCAUCUUUUAGAACGGCCAAGUCUCGCGAUCGGUCGUUUGAGUCCCGAGUCCAGAAGACGCGAGCUAAAGAGCGGCCGGCUGCCACUAGUCGUGCAGUUGGCGAAAAGACCGUUACCUUCGCUCCUCGGGCUAAGUCGCGCGUAAAACCGAUGGCAGAGCCUGAAAGCAGAGGAUCAUACCGCUCUGCAAAAGACCGCCGGAGUGCAUCGGCGAACACUUUCCGAAAGAUGUGAUUCACUGGCACGUCGAAGCAAUUUACACAAUAGAUCACGAGGCAUCUACCUCCGGAGCAUCGAUGCCGUGAUGGCUUCCUUCCCCCGUAGAUGGAUCUACCAUUGGUGCUAUGGCACCCUUGGAAUCUUAGACGGCGAGAGCAAGUCCGCAGCUUUUUCCCCAGGCAAGCUGCAAAUUUUGUUAUGAUGCGCAUGAGCUUCGAGGGAGGUUUGCUACGCCUUCAAGUCCUUUCUGUCAGUAAUGGACGAUAUAUAUAGGCUGUGUUAAGCAUACAAUGGACGUUCCGGUAUGACGAUAUCCUGAAAGUUCUUCGUAUGUCUAGGCGCUCCGGGCCGAAUACGGAACGGAAACUCCUCUUUUUCGACCGACCGGGAAAGAGCUUAGAGGUAUCAAAGGCCCUGCAUCAGGUAUAGGCGAGAAAGAGUCAUGCAGGAUUCAAGGACUAUGCGAGGCUUCUCGCCAGGCAUGUGCUGGCCUGUGAGAAAAAGACAUCAAACCUGAAGAAUUAUCGCAAGUAGAGUAUAUUCCAUAGUUUACAUGCCUAGCAACUCUACGAUAAAUAAAUCGAAACCCUUUCAAUAGCUUUAC